AUGACUUCACCUAAAUCGCAUUAAGAUUGCAAUAGUGUAAAUGUCUUAUAAACAAUUUCAUAUUUAAUAUGUGUAAUAUGGUGCGUCACAACUCAUUUUUCUGUUUCUCAAUACGUCAGUCUGUUUACCAAAGUAAUGUUCUUAAAAAGAUCUUUAUUUAAAAAAAAAAGCAUUUAAUAUCAGGGGAAAUUACAACGAUGUAACUUCGUCAUUUAAUGGAGCACUACUUCUAUAAUCAGAAAGUAUAACUAUUUUUGGACCCCCGGUAUUGACAAAAAUCCGUUAAGAAAUUAACUCUACUACUAUCCUUCAGAUCCAAAACUACAUUAAGUGCAUGCUGUUGCCAGAAUUGGUGAAUCAAUAAUAAUGGAGUUUUAAUAAGCCUAUGAAAUCAAUAAUGUAAGGUUCGGAUGUUGGAUGUUGAUGGUAGAAUAACAGACUUGCAAGUAUUAGCAAUAGUUGCUGAUAGGAAGACUGAAAAAGUCAUUUAUGAUGGUCUUGCUCCCCAUAAUUUAUUACCAACUUAAAAAUCUUUAAAAAUUUGUAUUUUAAUAAUUAAAAAACAAAUUAUUUUGA